AUGAGGCUCAUCUCUCUGUUUGUGUCACUGGCUGCAGUGCUCUCGUGCGCUGCGGCCCAAGGCGAUGCCUCUUCAGCUGUAGCAUCGCUCCCAUCAUGCGCACAAGCAUGUCUUGUGACAGCAAUCCUCAGCUCCCCCUGCGCGCCGACGAAUCAGACGUGUAUCUGCACCAACGCUCCUUUGCAGGUCGAAGUUGAAGCCUGCGUUAUGCAGAACUGUACUCUCAGGAAUGCACUCACAACCAAGAACAUCACUCAGACGUCAUGCGGCGCAACCCCGAGGAACCGGACCCCAAUGUACAACACCAUCUCCAUCACCAUGGGCUCCCUUUCGGGCGCGUUUGUAAUCGUUCGGCUGGUGCACAAAGUGUUUGCGACAAUGGGCGAUCUCGGCAUGGACGACUGGUUUAUUCUCGCUACCCUCGGCUCCGGCAUCCCGGGAACCGUCAUUAACAGCCAUGGCUUCGCCACCAACGGCCUCGGCAAGGACGUCUGGACCGUCCCGUUUGACAAGAUUAGCAACUUUGGCUACUGGUUUUUCGUCAUGGAGCCGAUGUACUUUGGCCAGGUGACGCUGCUAAAGAUGUCCCUCCUAUUCUUCUACAUGCGCAUCUUUUCGCAGAGCAGUAUCAAGAAACUCAUCUGGGGCACCAUUGGAUUCAACGCAGUCUUUGGCCUCACGUUUAUCUUUGUCGCCAUUUUCCAGUGCGCCCCGAUCAGCUUCUACUGGACCAAAUGGGACGGGAACCACGACGGGCAAUGCCUGGAUAUCAACGCCAUCGCCUGGGCCAAUGCCGGUAUUAGCAUUGUCUUGGAUUUUUGGAUGCUUGCUUUGCCCUUGUCCCAGAUCAAGGGCCUGAACUUGCAUUGGAAGAAGAAGAUUAGUGUGGCCAUGAUGUUCUUUGUCGGCACCUUCGUCACCGUUGUCAGCAUCUUGCGUCUGCAAUCUCUAGUUGCAUUUGCAAAGUCCCAGAACCCAACCUGGGACCAGUUCGAAGUCGCGACCUGGUCCACCGUCGAAAUCAACGUGGGCAUCAUCUGCGCCUGCAUGCCCUCAAUACGCGUCAUCCUCGUCGGCCUCUUCCCCAAGCUGCUCGGCACGACACGGCGCGGAACAUCCGCGGCAGCAAAAUACUACAUCCAAUCGAGCGGCAACGGCCGCAGCCGCAACCGGACGCUAGGCAACGAGGCCAAGAUCAGGACCGCCGACCGCGAGUCGGGGCUCUCGGGCAGCCCGGAUGGCAUCAUGUACACCAAGGAGUACACUGUGGAUUAUCACGACGAGACGAGCUUGGUUCACAUGCGGGAACUGGAAGCGGGCAGCUCGAAGACGGGACGAAGCGGCUCGCCGUUUUGA